UUAGAUAACGAUGAUAUAUUUCACUGGACUUCAUUUGUUACUUUGUGGCGUGAAGAUACAGUUUUUGAUCUACGAAUGGAGAUUAAAAUUGUAUGAAAAUGUCACAGCUGAAUAAUAGAAGCGAGGAUGCUGCUAAAGCCGAUAAAAUCACGGGAGCAGCAGCGACACUGUCUUUUCAUGAAGUCGGCUACAAAGUGCAAGUGGGAAAUUGUUGCAGAAAGAUUGCAAAUGUGAUUCUGCGAGAUGUCAGCGGAGUCUUUGAGCCGGGUCUAAAUGCAAUCAUGGGCCCUACAGGUGGAGGAAAGACCAGUCUUCUGGAUUUACUGGCGGGCAGGCGGGAAUCAGAAGGACUGCAAGGGGACAUUCUGUUUAACGGAAAGACGUUGCCGAGUGAUUUCAAACUGAUUUCGGGGUAUGUGACACAAGAUGACAUCAUAAUGGGUACCCUCACUGUUAGAGAAAAUCUGCAGUUUGCGGCUAACAUGAGGCUACGAAAUUGCUCCAAGGAGGAAAAAUUGGAGAGAGUUAAUGAAAUCAUCCAAGACUUGGGCCUGGAUAAGUGCCAGCACACUAAAGUGGGUACCGUGAUGAUCCAGGGCGUAUCAGGCGGAGAGAAGAAGCGAUGUAACAUCGGCAUAGAACUGGUCACUAAGCCACAAGUUCUUUUUCUUGAUGAGCCGACAACAGGGCUGGAUGCGAGUACUUCGCAUAGUGUGAUGAAUCUACUGCGGGAUCUGACUGUUCAAGGAAACAGGACAAUCGUGUUCAGCAUCCACCAGCCGAGAUAUUCGAUCUUCCGACUGUUCGACCGACUGCACCUGUUAUCCUCUCACGGACAGACUGUGUUCCAUGGGCCAGCCAGCCAAGCAGUCGACUAUUUCGCCAGACAUAAUCUGGUCUGUGAAACAUACAACAACCCAGCAGACUUUUUUCUGGAUAUUAUCCUCGAAAACAGUGAUUCAUCAGAAAUGAAUGAGGACCAAGUUCGUGAAAAGGAAGUUGAAGAAAAGAUACCAAUGAAUGGGAAAUCGGAAAAGAAAAACCUUCCACAUUUUUUCUCGGAGUCUGUGGAAUACCAGAAAAUACAAGCGGACUGCAAGACGAUAAGUUUGAACGCAUCAAACAGCGCUGACAUGCCUGGAGAUCAUGAUGAUUUAGGUUACGCGACCAAUUGGUUCGCACAGUUUGUCUACCUCUCGAUAAGGUCAUUAAAGAACUUACUCAGGAAUCCUCAAACCUCAAUAGCUCCUUCAGUUAUGAUGAUUAUACUUUCCCUCUUAGUUGGGACAUUGUAUAUAGACUGGACUACGGAUCUGAACGGAUUCCAAAACGUUUUUGGAGCGUUGUUCUUCGCGACGUUGCAAAUGAUGUUUGGAAACAUGGCGGCACUUGAAGUGUUCGUUAACGGCAGAAGCCUAUUCCUUCACGAAUCCGCGAAUGGGUUCUACAGAGUAUCGUCAUACUUUGUAUCGAAAGUCGUUUGUGACCUUUUGCCCCUGAGAGCAAUCCCGACUGUGCUGUUUUCGACGAUUUUCUACAUCAUGCUUGGACUAAAAGCUGACCUGGGAUACUUUGUCUUUUUCCUGUUCGUCAAUAUGACCACAACCAUGGCAGCUUGCUCUCUGGCGUUUUUCUUCAGUGUCCUAACCGGAGUUUUCGCUGUGGCACAGGCAUUGGUGUCUGUCAGCUACAUCAUCAUGGUGUUAUUCGCUGGCUUGAUUCUAAAUGUCACGAGUAUGCCCGAGAUUUUGCAGGCGUUGAAGUACGUCAGUAUUCCGAGAUAUUGCUUGGCAGCCCACGCUUCGGCCCAGAUCACAGAUUUGAAUUUCUGUGGGGAGAUGACAUUCAUGGGCGCCGGAGGGAAUCGAACGGAGAAGUUCGUGUGUCAAAGUGGCGAGGAGUUGCUAGACAAACAAGGGAUUGGAUCUGAGGUUACAGAGCGAUGGAUGAACUGCGCUUUCCUGAUCAUCUUUACGGCAUUUUUCUUCUCGAUUACUUACAUUGUUCUUAGAACGAUGCAGAAACGAAAGUAAAAAAAACCUGAAUGAGACAAUAUAAAACUUAGUUAAAUUACAGUAUAAUACAGUAUAAAUACAGUAUAAAACUUAGUUAUAUUCGUUAAAUUAGUUAGUAUCUUUUUAAGAUCUUUCGCUGUACUUUUUCAUUCCGAUCCUCAAUCUAAUUUUGCAGGUCAAGAUGAAACAAAAAUUUAAUUUGAAAAAUGCGAGCGCGUUUGGUCGAAAGCAAACAUUUUUUGUCCUAAUCCAAUAAUGACACAGGUUGUCAAAAUUUAUUAUAAAGUACAUUGCAGCUCGCUAAAAUUCGGCAAGGAGCCAAUUUACGCUUUCGUAUUUAUAGCAUAGCUUUAUUUAAAGUUUUCCCAUUUCGCUGUUAUACAAUUCUUCCUACUGAUACUAUGGAUUCUUAAAUUACUAUUAUGAAUUACUUUUGUUUUGGAUGUAUUAAAAUAAAACUAAAUUAACAGCAGGUGAAACAAGAUCUAUUUAAGUACCAACCCCUGGUAAAAAAAAAGAGGCGACAUAGGCUGGUUACUAGGAGCGAAUUCCGCA